UGGUCGGAAGUGACUAAAUAAUUGCAGGAAAGAAUCAAUUUCUCCAAGUACGAGUGUUCGCACUUCCCUCUGAAUGUUUAGAAAUGUACUGGAGAGGUUACAGGUCAAAUGGAAAUCCUACCGACACCGAUUUGUGCCUUGGAUUGCACUAAACAUUUCUAAAAAUGAGAAAACCCUUCGACAAGUGAAAGAGCGCUCUGAGGACAAGUUGGUCCCAGAUGAAGAAGUAUCGCGGAGCCUACGGCAGCUCUUCGAAGUCCUCUCCAGUCAUGGGAUUCAUUGUCGUGUGGAUCAGCAGGCUGUUAAAGGUCAUUUUCACGGACAGGUAACAAGUGACAACGAACCCUGUGCGCACGAUGCCAUGUUCCAGUCAUUUGGUUUCUGUAUUGACCGGAAGCCGAGCACACUGCCCUUUGCGGGAACUGGAGUGUUUGUGACCAGGGGGGUGGUACCCAAAGGAGCUACUGUUGCCAUGUAUCCUGGCACCAUCUACCAAGCUUAUGAGCCUAUACUCCUACAGUCCAUCAAAAACCCAUUUGUAUUUCGUUGCCUAGAUGGUGUCUUAGUUGAUGGGAAUGACAAAGGUAUCUCCAAAAUGGUGUACAAGUCAUGCAGUGGCAGAGACCGGAUGGGCCCUUUUGUGAUGAGCGACACGAGCUGGCUGACAGUCAAUCCACAGAACCCACUUGCAGUGGGCCAGUAUGUAAACAACUGCUCCAACGAGUGGCCUGCCAAUGUGUAUUACCAGGAGUAUGAUGUUCCGGACACUUUUCCCAUAGAGCUUCGCCAGUAUCUUCCCAAUGUCAACUACAGCCCACACUCACAGAGACCUCUUCGCUGCGUGGUGCUCGUUUCACUCAGAGACCUUACAGCGGGAGAGGAGCUAUUUUCCAACUAUUACACUAUUGUACACUAGAGUCACCAUUGGAUGCAGGGGAAGUUCAACUUUAAAUAAAAAA